AUGAACGGUGGUGUCGAUGAGCUCGAAGAGGAAUACAGGCCAACGUGGGACCCGCAAGCAUGUCCAACAUGCCACAAUCUAAGGCCCUCAAUCAGGUCCUUCGAUCCAGAUCAGGUGGUGAAAAACUUCUGCUGGGACGAACUUUUACGGACAGUAGAGGCCGAUGCUCCACGAUUUUCACCUCUCAUCGGAGUUGCACGUGAUGUUUCACCUGAUGCUUCUAAGGACGAUUGUAUGGCCCUGGCAAAAGCUUGGUUGGACAACUGCAUCAAUAACCACAAAAUAUGUCCCAGUUCAUCCCAACAGAUGCCUACAAGGAUGAAUGCAGCUCAUAUGUCGCCCUUAGUCACUGCUGGGGGGAUUCGCGCAUAUUCUGCACCAAAACCGCCACUAUCAAUCAAAGAAAGGAAGAUUCUGAAGAAGUCUGGAACUGAGAAGCAGCAAAGAUGGCCGUAG